GCACGCUUCGCUCUCACUCGCACGAGCCUGGAACAGAGAGAGAAACGUAUGCUAUAUAAACAGAAGUGAUGAGAGGAAAAUUAUCAUUUACAUCUGAGCCCGCUUCAUGAUGAGUUCUCCAUCAACAUCUUACCAGACAGCCCACCACAGCGCAUCCUCAACUACUGGGAGCAGCAGCAGAAAGCUCACAGGUCGGCUGCCACCUCCGCUGCCAUGGCUGCCGCCUCCGCUGUCUCCCCCGCUUCCUCCUCCACCUCACCCCUGAAGAGACAGGGAAUCUUCGUUCAACGAGAGAGGGGUGAGGAGAUCGUGAUUCCGGACAGUCCUCUGCCACAAUCUACACCGGCUACCUGGGCGCCGCGGCGUGCGGUGCUAACAACGCUGAACAACAAGCAGAAGCAGGGGAAGAGGAGGCUGCUGUUUGAGGAGCCUGAGGUUAGCGGGGAUGAGGAGGAGCAGUCAAUCUGCUCACAAACAAAGAAACGAGCUGUAAUGGACGACGACUCCUCACUCGUCCCAUUAAUGAAGGAGGUGGAGGGUGCGGGAGAGUUGGACUUUGUCCAACUCAUAAACAAACCUCUACCCAAACCGUGGAUCCCGCUGAGGGAGUUGGAGGAGGAUCUACCGUACCGCAUCAUCGGAGCUCGAGAGGACACCAAUAAACAUGGUCGACGUGUAAUUUUAAAAAUAAGGAAUGCAGGAAGCAAAUGUGAGGUGUAUCUACCUCAAAGAUUUGCUUCCUGCAUUGACGCGGGAAAGAUUGAACAUUUUAAUAAAACUUGUAAAAAUUAUGUGUUGGUAGUAACACAUAAGUCGCCAAAUUAGACGGAUAUAAAAAUUGUUAAUGCUUAACAAUUUUUAUAUCUGUAUACAAUUC